UAGUCCGGGAGGAGGAGGAGUCAGAACUCGGCCAGUCUGAGCAGCCGAACCGUCCCGACCCCGCGCCCGGCGUCCCCGCAGCAUGCCGGGUCCCUGCCGGCUGGCCGCGCUCUGCGGCGCGCUGCUCUGCGCCUCCGGACUCUUCGCCUUCUCGGGUGACUUCUGCGACUCCAACCAGUGCCUGAAUGGUGGGACCUGCUUGGUGGGCACAGAGGAUGCCUCUUUCCACUGCAUCUGCCCCGAGGGUGUCACAGGACUCAUUUGCAACGAGACUGAGGAAGGUCCCUGUCACCCCAGCCCCUGUCUCCACAAUGCCGAAUGCCAGGUGGUUGACAGCUCGCACCGAGGGGAUGUCUUCAUGCAGUACAUCUGUAGGUGCACCCAAGGCUUCAUGGGCACCCACUGUGAGAUCGGCUGCAUCAUGCCACUGGGCAUGGAGGCUGGGGGCAUUGCCGACUCCCAGCUCUCCGCCUCCUCUGUGCACCUGGGCUUCUUGGGUGUGCAGCGCUGGGGCCCGGAGCUGGCCCGCCUGCACCUCACGGGGAUCGUCAAUGCCUGGACAGCCAGCAACUAUGAUAGGAACCCCUGGAUCCAGGUGAACCUUCUGCGGAAGUUGCUGGUGUCAGGCGUGUUGACACAGGGCGCCAGUCACAUGGGCCGUGCCGAAUACGUGAAGUCCUUCAAGGUGGCCUACAGCACUGAUGGGCGCAAUUUCCAGUACAUCCAGGAUGCAGAUGGGACUAAGGACAAGGUAUUUGUGGGUAACAAGGACAGCUACGACCUGAAGACCAACUUGUUUGAUACCCCUCUGGAGGUACAGUACGUGAGGCUGGCCCCCAUGUCCUGUCACCGCAGUUGCACCCUCCGCUUUGAGCUCCUUGGCUGUGAGUUGCAUGGAUGCUCGGAACCCCUGGGCUUGAAGGACAACAUCAUCCCUAACAGACAAAUCACAGCCUCCAGUACUUUCAAGACUUGGGGCCUGAGUGCCUUCAGCUGGUUUCCCUUCUACGCACGGCUGGACAGGAAGGGCAAGUUCAACGCCUGGACUGCCCAGAGCAACAAUGACCGAGAGUGGCUGCAGAUUGACCUGGGCUCCCCGAAGCGGGUGACGGGCAUCGUCACCCAGGGGGCCCGUGACUUUGGCCACAUCCAGUACGUGGCAGCCUACAAGGUGGCCUACAGUGACGAUGGCAAGAACUGGACUGAGUACAGGGAACAGGGAGCCAUGGAAAGCAGGAUCUUCUCUGGCAACUUUGACAAUAACUCCCACAAGAAGAAUGUGUUUGAGACGCCCAUCCAGGCCCGCUAUAUCCGCAUCCUGCCCGUGGCCUGGCACAACCGCAUCACCCUGCGUGUGGAAUUGCUGGGCUGCGAGGGGUAGGCCCACCUGCUGCUCGGGUGUAGUGACGGGAGGGUCCGCAGGGUCGGGGGAGGAG